UUUUUUUAUUGUAGUUCCGCGUAGAAGAAUAGAAUGAAAAUGAGAGUAGUGCGGUUUGCCGGCCAGAUCUGUUGAAGUUGGUGCUGUAACCUUAUGCAAAUGCAAUUACAAUUGCUAUGCUUCUCAUCUAUCUCUUAAUUUAGAUUCAGAUCUCUUAACUUCCUUCAUUGUUCAAUGAAGUUAUGAAUGCCAUCUAAUAAAAGAAGGCACAAUAAGAAGUAAUGUCAAAGAGACAAGCAAGUACCGCCAGACGUGGUGAUGGGGUUUUUCCCUUUUCUGGAGUCUUCAAUUCCAAAUCCAAAACUUCCCCACUGUCCGUAUCUCUCGUCCUCUUGGGAGCUAUCCUUCUCAUAAUUUAUGCUUUUGGUGGGUCAGGUCUAUCAGGAGGAAGAAAGAAUGUGGUUAGCAGGAUAGAAGCAUUGUUUUCUCUUGCAGGUGAUUUUUCAUGCACUUUUGAAGUUCCAAGUGCAAUUCCUGUUUUGAAGGAUGCAUAUGGUGGCAGCCUGAAAAAUGUUUUGCAUGUAGGCCCUGAGAGUUGUUCAGUGGUCUCCAAAUUGUUAAGUGAAGGGGAAACUGAAGCAUGGGGUUUGGAGCCAUAUGAAAUUGAGGAUGUUGAUAGACACUGCAAGGCUCUAGUGCAUAAAGGCAUUGUACGUGUUGCAGAUAUAAAAUUCCCUUUACCAUAUAGGCCAAAUUCUUUUUCUCAUGUUAUAGUGUCAGAUGCUUUCGAUUACCUAUCUCCGAAAUACAUGAACAAAACUCUUCCUGAGCUAGCGAGGGUAUCUGCUGAUGGCAUUAUUAUUUUCACAGGUUCCCCAGGUCAGCGGAGAGCUAAAAUAGCACAAUUUUCCAAAUUUGGCCGCCCAGCUAAAAUGCGGUCUCCAUCUUGGUGGAAACAAUUUUUCACUGAUUCAAGCAUAAAACAAAAUGAAUCUGCCUCAAAGAAGUUCGAGCAAGCUGCAUCAAAGAUGUCCUUCAAGCCAACCUGCCAAGUUUUCCACCUCAGUUCAUACCGUUGAUAAUUUGGUAUCUUAAAGUUAGAUCAAUAGAUAUAUAUUCAUCGUAUCCCGCGUUUUGUAAUUUUGUAUUCCUAUAAACAUGUGAGUAUAAUGUCAUCAAUCAGGCAAUUUUGUUUUACCAGACACAGAUAUGUCUGCAUACUAAAAGAUUACACAAAAUUAGAUCAAUAGAUGAAUAUUCCUAUAUGAAUAUUCUUGGGUGACUUAAA